UUAAGGACACAUACAUCCAUUUGGACGAAGUGUAAUUGGUACCAUUCAACGAAGAAUUUUCGGUAAAAACGGUCGUAUCCGGAGAAAGUGUCAUUAAUGGUCUGCGGUGGAAUGGAUGGUGUGAUCAAUGGUGAUUUGAGCUCUGGUUUCGAGAAUUUGACAUGUGUACGAUGUCAUGAUGGCUUCGAUUUGAAUGAACAAAUUGUUAAUUCUUCCGGACAAGUAUGGCAUUCUGAUUGUUUUGUUUGUUCCCAGUGUUUCGAGCCGUUCCCGGAUGGCAUAUAUUUCGAAUUUGACGGACGAAAAUACUGUGAGCAUGAUUUUCAUGUCUUAUAUGCUCCGUGCUGCAACAAAUGUAAUGAAUUUAUUGUGGGACGAGUAAUAAAGGCAAUGAAUGCUAAUUGGCACCCACAGUGUUUCCGAUGCGAAUUAUGCAGUAAGGAACUUGCUGAUAUUGGAUUCUUGAGAAACUGUGGGAGGGCGCUUUGUCGUGAAUGUAAUGAGCGAGAAAAGGAAGCGGGUCGUGGUCGUUAUGUAUGCCACAAAUGCAAAGGAAUUAUUGAAGAUGGUGGCCAUAUUAAAUAUCAUGGCGAUAGCUUUCACCCGUAUCAUUUUAAAUGUAAACGUUGCGGUGUGGAAUUAGAUACAAAUUCACGUGAAGUUGGUGGAGAAUUGUAUUGUUUGCGAUGUCAUGAUACGAUGGGUAUACCGAUAUGUGGCGCAUGUCAUAGACCAAUUGAAGAACGUGUGGUUACUGCAUUAGGCAAAAAUUGGCAUGUUGAGCAUUUUGUUUGUGCCGUUUGUGAGAAACCAUUUCUUGGUCAUCGUCAUUACGAGAAGAAAGGAUUAGCUUAUUGCGAGCAACAUUAUCAUAAGCUAUACGGCAAUGUAUGCUUCAAAUGUGGUAAAAUAUGUAGUGGUGAAGUAUUCCAAGCGCUUAACAAAUCUUGGUGUGUCGAUUGUUUUGGUUGCAGUCUUUGCGAUAAAAAAAUGGAUCAUAAGACAAAAUUUUAUGAAUUUGAUAUGAAACCAACAUGUAAACGUUGCUACGAUCGUUUUCCAACGGAAUUAAAGAAAAGAAUUAGUGACAGUUUGAAAGAACGAGAUCUGGAAAAUGAGAGGAACAAAAUGAUGUUACAAAGGCGAUCAACCAGUCCAAUCCAACAGCAAACAAAUAUCUCUAAAAGAUGAUGUAUAGAGCUAGAACUUUUUGAUCAUCUAUUUCCACCAAUUUCUAUGUCUUCUAUCACAUAGGGAAAUCCUGGUAACAAUAUUGCAUUUGCAGUCACGGAACACUUCGGUCUUUCUACUCUCUGUGUUUUUCAAUCCCUGAAACUGAUUCUCCGUUACUCGACAAAACUCGACAUUUUGCCAAUUUACGUUACUCG